GGGGAGACGGACAGAGAAAUGGAGAGAAACCUCUCGGCCCUUGAUCUACAGUAACAAGUGGUCACUUGAGUAAUCACUGGUCAUUCAGAGAGAAAUACACGUACCCUACAAUGGCGAGCCUUCCCAAAGAGCCGCCGGAGGACUCCAAGAAACAGAGCUUCUGGAUGCCGGGGAAUUAUGUGCGUACAGUGCACCGAACUGAACAGUCCUUCCAGGCCUGCAACGACGUUGUGGCCUGUUUCAUGGAGAGAGCAAAUGUAGAAAAACAUUACGCACAGCAACUCAGCCAGUGGAGCAGCAAGUGGAAGUCCAUAGUGGAUUCUAGACCACUUUAUGGCUCCCUCAUGAGGGCAUGGCAAUGUUUCUUCACCUCCACCGAGCGUUUGUCCGCCAUCCACUCAUCCAUCUCCCAGUCGCUCAUGGUGGAGGAAAGCGGCCGCGUGAAAACCUGGCAGAAGGAGACCUUUCCAAAGAAAAUCUUUUGUGGGUUCAGGGAGAGCCACACCAACAACACAAGUUUUACUCGUGCGCAGAAACCCUGGUCCAAAAAGCUGAUAAAGCUGGAGAAGGUCCGCGUUGCAUAUCAUAAGUCCUGUCAAAGGGAGCAGACAGCCCUCGACAAAGAAAAACAAGCAAACGAAAACUCUGAGAUGAGUCCAGAGAAAAAGCAGAAAAACACAGAGGCCAGAGAGAAGGUCACAGAAGAGAAAGAAAAGAUCAGAGACCGCUAUGAGAAACUGCUGGAGGAAGUGACGUCCUACACACCUCGCUACAUGGAGGAGAUGGAAGCCAUCUUUGAAGAGUCGCAGGAGGAGGAGAGGAAGAGGAUCAGCUUUCUGAAGCAGGCCUUCCUCUCCAUUCACAGACAUCUUGACAUCACCAACAAUGAGAGUGUGAAGGCGGUGUACGGUGAGCUCCACCACACUCUGAUGUCCAUCAAUGAGCAAGAUGAUCUUAAAUGGUGGAAGAACAACCACGGUCCUGGCAUGCCCACCGACUGGCCAAAGAUUGAUGAAUGGGUCCCACCAAUUAAAAAGCUAGAUAGAAAGAAGAGAGACAAGAUGAAAAAAAAAGAGAAUCGGCCUGUGAUGAUUGGGGGUGUGAAGGUGCGAGCUAUGUAUGACUACGUGGGAGAGGAGGGUGAUGAGCUGUCCUUUAAAGCAGGUGAAGUGUUCCUGAAGGUCGAGGAGGAGGAUGACCAGGGUUGGUGUCGAGGAGUCCUGACUGGAGGGAAAGAGGGCUUCUACCCAGCAAAUUACGUUGAAGUUGCAGAGUGACGUCAAACUGUCAAAUAGACUUUGUCCUAAACUUAUUUCUUACAAAGAGUUAGUUUACAAAUCUUCCAAAACUAACAACUACUGUUAUAUAAUAUAGUUUGUAACACAGAUAGAAUCUGUUUCCAGCCACUUUGAAAUGCAAAAUUUGUUAAGGCCUUAAUAUUCUUACCUACUUUGGUUUGAAUGCUUCUGCAAUAUGAAAUAACUUCUAGACUAAAUGUACUGUUUGUGCAGGAGCUAUAUGAGUAUAUGCGCGAGUGUUUGCAUGCAUGUGUUCACGUUAAGACGAAACAAAAAAGAACAAGAGAGGAUAUUUAUUUACUGCCGUCGUGUCUGAGUCUUUAGGUCAUUCAAAUGAAAACUCAGGCACAAGUAACAAUGAUGGGAGCACACAAGGUUAAUGUUUAUUUAAGUAUUAUGUAAAGGCACAUAGAAAUAACUUUGACUGAGGGAACUGAUUUUCAAAAUAAAAGUGUAAUUGUUUUGCCUCUAAUAUAUUGUGUUGACAGUGCUUCUGUUGCCAUGAUAGCUGUGUGCGUGUAUGCAUGCGUAAUCCUUUAUUAGUCCCGCAGCGGGGAAAUUUGCAAUGACUAAUGGAUGGCUAUGUUGCUCAGUUGGUUGGUCCACCACUUUGGUAAAGAUUGAAAUAUCUCAACAAUCAAAUGGAUUUUG